ACGUGAGAGUGCGACUCUAGUAUCUAGUGGUGUCGCGCUGUUAUGACGUAGGGGACGCGUGAAGCCCAGCAGAGACUGGCAGCAGCUAUGGCACUAAGAUGUUUGGGAAAGUUCCGGCCUGUUCUGCAGCAGCUCAAGUCCACAACGAUGACAGCAUGCACGUGGAACGUGUUGUUAGUGGUUCAACAACAAGACCAUCGUAUAAAUCUUCAGAGCAGGCAGUAUGCCACGAAAAGUAGCAAAGGCAAAAGUAAAGGACAAGCCAAAGCCCGGGUAAAUAUAAAUGCUGCUUUAGUUGAAGACAUUAUCAACCUGAAAGAUGUUGAGCAGGAUAUGAGCAAUAUUCUUGACAGUCUUAAAGAAGACUUUAACAAAAAUCUAACCAUCAGAACAUCUCCAGGUGCUUUUGAUCACAUUAUUGUCAAAACAAAAGAUGGUAAAUUCCCAUUAAGUCAUUUGGGACAAGUCACCCUUAAAUCUCCUCGGCUCUUCGUUAUCAACAUGGCAAGCUUUCCAGAGAGUGCAGAUGCAGUUGUUAAUGCCUUAAGACAGAGUCAGAUGAACCUGAACCCAGAGCUAGAUGGCACCUUAAUCCAUGUACCAGUCCCUCCGGUAACUCGAGAACACAGAGAGAAUUUAAUAAAGGUAGCAAAACAGCUCACAAACAAGGCAAAGGAUUCUUUACGAAAGAUCCGAUCCACGGCUGUUGUGGAGAUCAAAAAAUUCAAGGACACCGUUUCAGAGGACACAAUAAAGCUGUUAGAAAAACAGAUCCAGCAGAUGACGGAUGAUGCAGCAGCAGCAUUGGAUAAACAGUUGGCAUCAAAGACCAAGGAACUUUUGGAAUAAGGCCCAUCAGAUGGAGUGCAGAUUAUGUGAUCUCUGAUGAGUAGUACUAUAAGAAAUGUUCCUCUCUGUAUCUUGGAAACAAGGUGUUGACCCUUCAUCAGUUUUAGAAGUGAAAAGAAUGAUAUACUGUAGGUUCUCCUGAAGGUGUAGACCAUAGUGCGUUGGGAACGCUUUUGCAGAAUUUGUUACAACAAAUAUGUUAUUGAGAACUUAAAUAAGAAUUUAAAGCACUUGGAUGGCUAAAAAUCCUGAAGUUGAUAUAUUGAAGUCCUGAUACUGAUUGAUAGGGUACAUGUCCUGAUUGAUGGAGAGCUGCCAGAGUUUCAGGAAAAGCACCUGUGCAGUUAGUACAAGCUAUGUUUCACUGUGGUUUUUACUGUCGCACGUAAUGAGAUGAGUGGACAUGGUAUGCAGAGGUUCCCUGACCAGAAGAAUAAAUGCGCAUUGACAUCAUAGAGCAUUUACUGUACUUAUAGGUACAGUAAAGACAUUUUGCAGUAAUAUAAAGGUACUUCCUAGUAUGAGGAUUACUGUACAUUCUUAUAAGUAUGUUGCUAUAUCGAAUGUUACAGUUUUCCAUUAUUUGGGGAGUGGGAUGUUUUUGGUUUGCUUUCCACUUUGGGUGAUUUAAAGCUCUAUAUAGUGACUUAUAUACUAAAAUUCAUUCAAUAUUGAUUAAAUAUUUAACACCCAUUAACAUGUACAGUAGCUAAACUUCCAGGAAGCAUUUAACAAAUCACUGUGAUGUAUUUUAUGAAUUUAAAUAAAGCUAUUUCUCAUGUACCUUUUUACAUGGAUUUUA